UCGGUCGCUCUCACCUCCUUUCGCGCAACACAUUGGAGACUCGAACGUCCCCGGAAGCAAGCAGUCAUUCUUCCUCUCCUCCUCCGAUCCAAACAACAGCAGAUGCGGCGUUAAGAGGGCAAACGAGGGACACAGGACCAGUAGCUAGCAGCAGCGGUGGCGGCGCUAAAUCGUAGAAGAAGCACCUCAUGGCUAAAAUCAAACCACAGGCAUUGCUACUUCAAAGUAAGAAGAAGAAAGGACCAACUCGAAUCAGUCUUAGUACUAUCGUCUCUUGCAAUGUCAUCGUUAUUCUGAUUGUGUUGUCCCUGUAUGCUACUUUCAGACAUUGGUAUCACAGGUCAAACGACCAACUGGGCACUGGCUUGGAAACGUUUGAGCAUUCAGAAAUAUUUGGAGAAUCAACAAGAUCUGAUCUUCCUAGUUAUGCUAUCUUUAGUACUGCAAAGGGUCUGAUAACUAUUGAACUCAAUAAGGAUUCUUCUCGUGAUGUGGUGGAUAAGUUUGUUGAUUUAUGUCGGAAAGGAUACUUCAAAGGAAUGCUUUUCGAUCAUGUUAUUAAAAAUUUUGUAAUUCAAGGGGCACAUUCACAAAGAUCUGGAGUUGCAGAAGAUUGGAUACCAAAGGGAAAAGCCCAUAGUCGGCUUGGCAUAAGUCCAAAGCAUGAGGCUUUUGUGCUUGGAACAAGAAAGCCUAAUAAGGACAGUAAAGAAUUUGAGCUCUUCAUAACGACGGCACCAAUCCCUGAUUUAAAUGAAAAGCUUAUGGUCUUUGGACGAGUCAUCAAGGGGGAGGAUGUUGUUCAGGAAAUUGAAGAAGUUGACACUGAUGAACAUUAUCGACCUAAAUCGCCAGUUGGAAUAAUCGACAUUGCAUUGAAGCAGGAAGCUUGAGUUAAAAUUGGACAUUCAGUUUGGAGGCUUCGACAAUUCCCCAUUUUUAGUGCCACGCCUUACAAGUUUUUGCAUCGACUGUUGUUCAGGCUUGUGUUGUAGUGAUCUUCUGAGUUGGUGCAUUCAUAUACUCUUUAUGUUGUUAAUACACCAGGAAUUUGCUGCAGCGAAAACCUGCGUCGAAGAUACAGGAAGCUCCGGCCUUGGAUUUGCAUAUUAAAAUCUUGACAUUUGUGCUUCGAAGACAUGGGAUGUUGAAUCGAAUGCUUCAAAUAUCUUGGUUUUUUCA